CAAACACACACAUCAUGGCCGACCCUUCGUCCACCAAAGGCCCCGUGGCCGAAGCUGCCAAGAAGGCUGCCCCGGAGGGCAACCCCGCCCUGCGCAUGAUGGGGCUGCCACGGCUGCGCCUCCCCUCGCGCAACUGGCUCAUCUUCCUCGGCGUAACGGGCUCCUUCAUCGGGGCCGUCUACUACGACCGGCACGAGCAAAAAAAGAUGCAGCGCAAAUGGUGCGCCAGCGUCGCGCACCUGGCCUCGGAGCCGCUGGCCAUAAACCAGAUGCCGCGGCGCGUGACGGUGUACGUGGCCGCGCCGCCGGCCGACAGCGCCAUGGCCGCGCGCGAGCACUUCGUCGAGCACGUCAAGCCGAUCCUGGUGGCCGCGGGCCUGGACUGGGACGCCGUCGAGGGGCGGGUCGAGGGCGACGUGCGCGCGCAGCUGGCCGAGCGCAUCCGUACGCUAAGGAAACAGCACGGCGAGAGCUGCAGUGAGCCUGUGCCGGAGGAGGAUAGGGCCGAGCUUGCCGUCCAGCAGAUGCGCGCCAAGGCGGGCAUCGUGGAGUGGCCUGGCGUCCAGGGCGAUAUUGUUAUUGGCAGGAACACGUGGAAGGAGUAUGUGCGCGGCUUGCACGAGGGCUGGCUGGGGCCGUUGGACGCGCCGCCGCCGCCACCACCGCAGCCUGAGCCUGAGCUUGCGCCUGAACCGGCCUCUCCCACUCCUACGCCCGAAGCCAGCACUCCCGCAGCAGCAGCAGCAGACGCGGACGACGCCUCCCCCACCGCCACGGACAAAGGCCCCACCACCCCAGACGCAGACGCCGAGUCCCAACCCGCCGACACGAAACCCGCCAAGCGCAAGCAGCCCGCGCCGUACAUCUCGCCCGCGGACUACAGCACCGCGCCGCUGUCGCCCAACUGUCCGCCCCAGCUCCCCCCGAGCACAGCCAUCCCCUUCCCGCACAUCCUCGGCUUCCUCAACACCCCCGUCCGCAUGUACCGCUUCGUGACGCGGCGACACCUGUCGGACGCGAUUGGCGCGCAGGUGGCCGCCGCCGUGCUGGCUGCGCAUCGGCCGUUUGCUAGCGCGGGGGGGUCUGACGUUCCUGUAGCUGGAGGCGUGGCCGUAGACGCAGGAAGCGCAGCCAGUGAAGAAGAAGCAGCGGCAGCCGACGCAUGGGAGCAGCAGCGCCUGCUCCGCUCCGAAGAAAGCGAAUGGCACAAGAGCGUGCGCGCGCAGGCCGAGAAACGACACGACGCGGGCGAGGAGAGCCUCUGGGUUGAUGGCAUGGUGCUCGACGCGCGCAUUGCGGGCCGCAUGCGCCGGUUUGUGCUGAGUGAGGAGGAAAGAGCGAGGGUGGAGCGCGUGGGGCGGGGUGAGGAGGCGUAGGUGCUGUGAGAGAGGGGAGGGAAGGGAGCGGUAUAGUCAUCUGGUAAAGAUGGAAGUGCGCGAUGAAGAUAUAAAGACAAAGCGACGGGACUCUCCAAUCUUUGGAAAAUGGGAAAUGGCACUCUGCCUUUUUGUAUAUGUAUUUGUAUACGUACGUAACACGGCUCCUACAUACCACACCCACGAUGCUAAAACAUGCGCG